GAUCUUCAAUAAUAGAAUUUCAUCAAUUCGUAGUCGAUAUGGCGGCCGCACAUGCCAGUUUCAAUUCCAAGGGUUCGUUCCUUCAUUCCUCCUCUUAUUAACCUUCCCUUCUCCCUCCCCAAUUGUACUGCCGUUGCAAUAACUGAGCCCCUCCUCAAUCAUCUUCUUCCUUUCCUUCGCUAUUCUUUCCUCCUUCCCCAGAUCCCCCCCAUUGUUACUACUUCCUCACCCCACAGUACCCCAUGGUACUCCCAUAACAUAAUCAGCUGCAACAAACACCAACACUAACACCACCCCCAAUGUCCGUUCCAGCCACACCACCAGCAACAACACCGCCAACAGCAUCAGCAUCAGCAACCUCCGAACUACAAUCCUCUCUCCGCGAACUCUCCCUCGCCAAUAAAAGUCCCAUUAAAGAUAUUCCCCGACCGACUCCCCCCACCUCUGUCCCCAAACAACACCAUCACACGGUGAAGAAGAAGAAAGAGCCUGCCCCCGUCGCCGACUCCUGGGAAGAUGAAGUAGACUCGGCCUCCUCUGACCCCGAAGGAGGAGCAGCCGACAUCUCAUCCACCUCCCCCGCUACCUCCUCCCGCUUCGCCAGCCCCGCAUUGUCACCUUCUAUCCGUUACACUGAAGGCCCCUUGGACCCCCCACCCACGCCCAUCUCACCGCAGACGUCUGCAUCGCAGCCGCCGUGGCCUACUUAUGGUGGACGAUCAGAGGCGAGAUCACCGGCGAGGAGGCCGGAGAAACAGACGGCUGUGGCGGGGAGGAUGAUUGCGGGAGCGCUGGGAAUUCGGGCGCCCAAGCGCACGGAGGAGCAGCGGGCGUAUGACCGCGCGGUAAAGGAGCAAGAGAUUAAGAGGCGGAAUAAGGAAAAGGAGGAGGCGGCGAAGGCGAAGGAGGAAGAAGAGAAGGCUAAGGCGGCAGUCUGGGACAUGUGAUGAACACUAUCUUAUAUCAACGGAGUAACUACUCCGUACUAUUACUGGGUGUGGGGUUGGUGGAGAUACAUAUUCUUUGCUUCUACUUUCGGCUCUGAAGGUGACGGGGUGUGCCAGGUGCUGCGUUUCUCAUCUUCUUUUCUCUCCUUAAUUGUUUGCUUGCGGGGUGGGUCGGUUGUCUGGUUUCCUCUUGUCACAUUCCUAUCCUACCACAUACACUCAGACUCACUGGGUCCAAACUAUACAGGACUGUAAUAUAGUCUUUCGG